AUGUCUUUAAAAUGUUGGAAAAAAUAUUUACUCGACUCGAUCCUCUAUAAAGCACCCUCCGUAAGUGAAAAUCCAAAAGAAUACAUAUCUUCCAUUGAUAGUAGUGGUUAUCCAAAAGUAGAUUAUAUAAUGAACAAGUAUAGAGCUUCAACCAUAGAAUAUGUUCUUGAAAAUCCUCCACCAAAAUUAGCUGUUAAUGAUAAAGAAAUUAAAAAAAACUAUAAUGACACUAUAAAUAAUAAUAAUUAUAAACCUAAAGAAACCCAUAUUCAUAAUAGUCCACCUAUAAACAAUAAUACUAUUCCAACCAAACCAAGAUCAAAAUCAUGCCCUCCUCUUAAAGAUUUACCAUGUAAUAAUUGUAAAAAAAUGGUCCCUAUCGAUGAUUUAGAACCAUGCGAAAGAUGUGGCAAUGGUUGCUACUGCUCCGAGGAAUGUCAAUACGCAAAUUGGCCAAUUCACAAAAAAAAAUGUAGAAAUCUUGGUUUAGUUAUUAAAAUGAAAAGAAACUAUUCAUUUUAA